UAAUAUCGUUUUCGCUGUUCGUUAAGUCUAACUACGAUUUUAAAAUUAUUAUUAAUAAAAUUCUUAAAAAUUAUGGGACAGUAAAUAUUAGAUUAGGGCCGUACCUAAUCCGACUCAUCAUGACGACCAAUUAUUUGCAUUGAGUAACCAUGAGCAAUAAUGAGAGCACGGAGCAACCAGGAGAACCAUCAUCUUCUUUGGAGGAGGAGCCGAAUUCUAGUAUUUUAAAACAAUCCAAGGAUGUUGAGAAUGGCAAAGAACACCAUUACGAGAGGGCAACGCUUAGGGAGGCGUCAGCUAAGGACAAGCAUUCGAGUUCGAACUCGUUUGAAAAGACAAAUGAGUCACUAGAAAAACCAAAAUCUGCCCUUCAAGAUGGCUCUUCCGAUUUAGUAACUUUAAAUUCGUUGGCCUCGUCAAAAGGUACUCUGAAGGCAAAGGAAACCAUACGAGUUGGAUUUUAUGACAUUGAAAGGACGAUCGGGAAAGGCAAUUUUGCUGUUGUUAAGCUUGCACGCCAUAGAAUAACUAAAACUGAGGUCGCAAUAAAAAUUAUCGACAAAAGUCAGUUGGAUUCAAUAAAUUUACAAAAAGUUUAUCGAGAGGUCGAAAUAAUGAAACGGUUGAAUCAUCCACACAUCAUUAAACUUUAUCAGGUGAUGGAAACAAAAAAUAUGAUUUAUAUAGUAUCCGAGUAUGCCAGUCAAGGAGAAAUUUUUGAUUACAUAGCGAAAUUUGGAAGAAUGACGGAGAAUUCUGCAAGGAUCAAAUUUAGGCAGAUCUUGUCAGCGGUAGAAUAUUGCCAUAUGAAACACAUUGUACAUAGAGAUUUAAAGGCUGAAAAUCUUCUACUUGAUAUUAAUAUGAAUAUAAAAAUUGCGGACUUCGGGUUCUCUAACCAUUUUAAAGCAGGAGAGUUAUUAGCAACUUGGUGUGGUUCACCUCCUUAUGCAGCACCUGAAGUAUUUGAAGGCAAGCAAUACACCGGCCCAGAGAUUGAUAUAUGGUCACUUGGUGUGGUCCUUUACGUGCUUGUAUGUGGCGCACUGCCCUUUGAUGGAUCCACCUUACAAAGUUUAAGGGAUCGAGUACUUUCUGGACGAUUCAGGAUUCCAUUUUUUAUGUCUUCAGAAUGUGAACAUUUAAUUCGAAGAAUGCUGGUGCUUGAGCCAUUGCGACGAUACACAAUUGAACAAAUUAAAAAUCACCGUUGGGUUUGCGGAGAAGGACGUGACACUUGUUUCAUAACACAAUGCAACGUAAAUAUGGAUGGAACUUCAAGUAUUGAACCGAACUCUGACAUCCUUAAACUAAUGAGUGAAUAUACUAGUAUAUCACACGAAAAGACUAAAGCAAGUUUAAAGAAAAACAGCUAUGAUCAUGUAGCUGCGAUAUAUUUGCUGCUUCAAGAUCGAUUAAGCAGUAGUAAAAGUAUUCAAGAAUGUCCAAAGCGCUUAUCAGACAAUACACUGCCACGUAUUCCAUCAACGAUCAAUCAUGGUUCAUCUAAACUCUUGAUUACAGCUAAACAUUCUAAUGACCAACAGCGAGUUAAGCAAAACUAUAAUACAAUAAAAGAAAAGACAAUAUCACCACUGCCAAGCUCGGAUGAAGUAAACUUCGGUAGUUUCCCAAAAAAGUUUACUCAAAAGGGCGUUAACAACUGUGAAACUUCACAAGUCUACGAUAAUAGUAAGAAUCUUAGUUCAAUGGCACUUGAAAAAUAUGAACAUGCUCAAAUAAACUCUUCAACAACAAAACUUCGACCGAUGUCUUUAAAGAUGGCUCGGUUGAGCAGACCUAAUAUAGUAAGUUCGAGCCAGCAACCAAUGGCAACGACUUAUAGUACAGACAAUAAGUUAUCAACUGUUAAUGAGAAAUGCCGACAGGAGAAAAAGUUAUCGAAAGAGCAUAUGAAUGGCUUAUUACCGAUGCCAAACAUGGUCAACGAGGGAACUCAGCCACUCCAUCAAAACCUAAGAGAGUGCAUAAUAAAACAAAGUACUGACGAUUGCCGCACGCUUUUACAACAAGCCACUGCUAUUGCCGAAUCUAACACCUAUAGUAAUAGCGACAGAGAAAUUGAAGCCAAUGCCACGAUUGAAUCUAAAAAAAGUACUUCAUUGGUGAAAAAAAUUCCAAGCUCGACCAGUUUCGAUUCAUCUUCAAACGGACCAAAUAAUAAACCGAACUUUCAUUUUAAAAUGUCGGCGGAAGCUGCGAAACUUUUUCAGACACUGCAAGAGAGCCCCCUACCCAUAGAGAAAGUAGAUGUCUCCAAUUCCUCAUCAAGUAAAUUAAAUUCAGCCCUAAAAUGUGAUGGUACCCCUUUAAGUACGUUUAAGGCUCAUAAUGGUUGCACUUCGAAAUCAUCUCAGACUGAUUCCAAAUGCAGGAAAUUUUGCAAUGAAAAAUGUGAUUCCCGACUGAAGACAACGAAAAUGACCACUCAGUGCAGCACUAGUACUGAUGAGGGUUGUGAAACAGACCAAACAAACGAAAUGAAAGAAUGUUCGCAAUCAACAUCUGAUCUAACUCAACGAGUGCAAUCAUACACAAGCAGUAGUUCAUCAAGCGGAGUAAUAGCUUAUUCUAAAAGUCUUAGCCAAAACCUUAGUCGUGGAUCCUCAAACAGCGACUGUUCGGUUUUAGAAAGCAUUGAUUUAAACAUAACUCCAAGCAUGGAUCUCACAAGUAGUUUACCCUCCUGCGCCAGUAAUACCACCUUAGCGAUCGCCACAGAUCGGAGGUCAGAGCAUUCCAUGUAUAAUAGCAAUAAUUCAUGUUUCCACAUACCCGUUUCGAGGCAGUCGACGUUAUGUUCCAUGUCACCAGUAUCCUACACCGAAAAUAGAGCACCUGUACAUUUCAGGGAAGGACGGCGGGCCAGCGAUGGGAUCGUUCCACAAGCAUUUAUAAAUUCAAUGUCAGUUUUAAAUUCUGAAGUUGGUUAUGGUAGUUAUCGUUAUGAUACUCGAAAACAAGACUGUUGGCUGGAGUUGCAACAAUUACGAAAGGAAGUUGUAUCUCUCAAGUCGAGAUACCACACUAACAAUUUAUCCAUAGAAGACAGCAGUAGUUAUCAAUACCAAAGUAAUCAAUAUUACUCAAUACCCAACAGGAUGUCUUUGGAUUUGCAUCAUCAAUUUGUGCAGACGCCACACAUUCCAAGAGCUCAUCAUCCAAUACGUCCACAGCACAGCUUUGACACUAUUGAGUUUCCUGCUCCGUUUAUAAACAAUGUGCGUGUAGAGCCAAAUGGCGUACCGAUGGGAGCUGGUGGUGAUAUGGCGCUCCUUUGCAGUGUUAAUCAUUUGGCGGUACAAAGACAGCCUCUGCAACAACAGCUGCUUCAACAUCGGCUUCUACAAAAACGGCAAUUGCAAAAACAGUUCGCGUUUGAAGCACAGAUAUCCCGACAGCAAUUCAUGAUGCGUGAGCAAGCCUACAAAUCCGGGAUGCCGCUUCAGCAUGGCUUAGUUGCAACAAGAUUCGAAUCAACGGAAUCAUGCCCACCUAAUGAUGUUUUUAUAAAUGGCUUAAGUGUCUUUGACCGAGGUUCGGGAAAAUUCCAACAUUCCUCAAUAAUACCGCUGUCAUAUGGUCCAACAACAAAUAAAUACAUGAAGACAUCUUACAUAAAUCAACAAUCUCAGGAUCUUUCAACAACAAGAAUGCCAACAAAAUACUCACCGUUAAGUAGACAUGCGUCAGAGACGUGGAGCUCCCUUCCAACAACAAUGAACAAUAGUCAAUUGAAAAAAACCAGUAAAUUAAGAGAAAGUGGGGGACAUAUAACGCCACAAUUUCAUGCAAAUGUAGGCAAACGUUUAUACAUCAAACUGGCAAACUGUAAUAAGGCCUCUUAGUGAAAGCCCUAUUCUCGAGCUAGCUGAACAUUUGGAGCCUGUAGGAUGAUUAAAUAAUUGAACAAUUUAUAUAGUUAAUUCGUAUCGAAAACCAGAACAAUAAAAUUAUAUCAAUUACUUAUUUGCAUUUACACUUUAAUAAUAAUUGUAGUUAUUGUAAAAUUAUGCAUGAUGAUAUUGCUUAAAAUAAACAUCGAUAAUUCUUAUAAAAUAA